AUGAGAAUCUUGAAUCUUGAAUUUCAUUUUCGAAGCCUUGGAACUGAUUGGGACAAAGUUGUUUUCACCAAUGGUUAUGACAAAGAAGGUCAUCCGGUUUACUACAAUGUUUUUGGCGAGUUUGAGAACAAGGAAUUGUAUCAAAAAAGUUUCUCUGACGACGAGAAGAGAAACAAGUUUAUCCGUUGGAGGAUUCAGUCAUUGGAGAAAAGUGUUAGAAAACUCGACUUUGCUCCAUCUGGAAUCGCUACUAUUGUUCAAAUUAAUGAUCUUAAAAAUUCUCCUGGAUUUGUUAAGAAGGAGCUUAGACAAGCUACUAAUCAGGCACUUCAAUUGCUUCAGGAUAACUACCCCGAAUUUGUUGCCAAACAGAUUUUUAUCAAUGUUCCUUGGUGGUACCUUGCCUUUUCUAGGAUGAUUAGUCCUUUCCUGACACAGAGGACCAAGAGCAAAUUUGUAUUUGCUGGCUCCUCCAAAUCUUCUGAUACCCUUUUCAAAUAUAUAGCUCCUGAGCAAGUGCCAGUUCAAUAUGGAGGACUUAGCAGAGAAGGCGAACAGGAAUUCACCACGGCUGACCCUGCUACAGAGGUUAUUAUCAAACCAGCAACAAAACAUGCUGUUGAGUUCCCAAUUUCUGAGAUGUGGAUCUCAGAUUUUGGGAUUGAAGAAAAAGAGUCUCCAUUGGUUCUAUAUUGA